GUUAGACAGGAGAUGGCUCCGUGGAUAACGGGUGAUACUCAGACUAGUGAAACGUAACACAGGCUGCUGUUUAGGGGCCGGGAGAAGGACGAGGGGAUGGAAGGGUCAGGUCCGUCAACACAAACUUGCCCGAAGUAACGCUAAUAUUGACAGAAACUCAUGUCAGUUGUCACGUCACUACGUUAGCAGAAGUACUUGGGUUUACCGUACCCCAAAAAAAUAAAUAUUAAGGCCGCGCCUGCAGAAAUUCGAUCGCAUUUUGAAAAAAAAACAGUCAACACGUACCUGCCCGAAGUAACGCUAAUAUUGACAGAAACGUCAUGUCACGUCACUACUUAAGCAGGGUUUAUACCCCUCAAAAGUUAAGGCCGCGCCUCUAUCUUAAGUCGACACGUACCUGUCUGAUAUGUAACGCUAAUAUUGACAGAAACUUCACCUCUCGUUCUUGCUUAAAGGCCUACUUAGGUUUACCAAAAAACUUCAACUUGACUCAAGGUCACCCUGUAAAGGUAUAAAGUCACGACCCAUUCCGAGGAACCAACCAGAACACCGCCAGCUUGGGGCUCGACCAGAAAUCGAAGAAGAAACUUGUUUCCUCUGAUAAAGAUUCGUCUGCCAACUCGCAAAUUAACUCGCUACAAAGUUAAGCAGAGUCAUUAAAACAACCAUGAAGGGGGUUGCAGUGUUCUGCUUCUUGUUGGCCGUGUUGGGGUGCAAGUUUGGAGCGGAGGCUAGUCAAGGGGGCAGGGCUGAGAGGCUCCGCCAAGCUGAGGAAGUUCCAGAUUUUAGCUGCGCCAAUUGGCACAGCUACAGUGAUGCAGACUUCGGUGCCAUGGCCACCGCAGGCAUCAUUGGUGCUUAUGGCCGCAAGUGUCACAUCUUUCAGGGCAGCUCAAAAUCAGCUUGCAACUGGUACGUCAAGUACGACGACGACGGUGACACGAUGGACAACUGGAAGGGGCUGACUUUUGGCGGAGUGCCCGGAGGGAGUGGAUGCUGUGCUUCUAUCAGCGGCUGCAGCACGCUGAAUGGAGCUGGAGCCUGGCUGAAAUCGCAUCACGAGGAAUACUGCUGUGGCUGCCCUGAGUUGGACUGCGAGCCCUGCCCUGCUGGUUACGUGAUUGAUGAAAAUGGAUGCCAAACUUGCACUUGCGCCUUUUCAUGUCACCACUGGGAAGACUACUCUGUCGAGCAGUUCGCUGAGUUUGCCCAGUCCCCCGACGUUAUCGGAGAGCACGGACGUCAAUGCACCAUAAUCACUAGCCACAACACGGCCUGCGACCACUACGUCAAGUACAAGGAUCAGGGCCCUAACUGGCUGGGGCUGACGUUUGGUGGGAAUCCUGGUGGGAGCGGCUGCUGUGCUUCUAUCAGCGACUGCCAGACGCUGCAUGGAGCUGCUUCCUGGAUGAAAGCAAAAUACAGGGACUACUGCUGUGUUCCAGAGUUCACUUGCGAGAACUGGGACAGCUACAGCGACCACGAUUUCGGAGCCAUGGCCACCGCGGGCAUCAUCGGGGAGAACGGUCGCAAGUGUCGCAUCGCUCAAGGCGGCUCAAAAUCAGCUUGCAACUGGUACGUCAAGUACGACACCGACGGUGACACGGCGGACAACUGGAAGGGGUUGACUUUUGGUGGUGUGCCCGGAGGGAGUGGAUGCUGUGCUUCUGUCAGUGGCUGCAGCACGCUGGAUGGAGCUGGAGCCUGGUUGAAGUCGCACCAUCGGAACAUCUGCUGUGGACCCACAGUUGGAGCCGCUCAUCGAAGGGCCCUGGGCCGGGCCUUGGGGAAGUCCUAA